AUGAUUAGAAAACGUGAAAGUGAGAGAAGGUACAGAGAGAUCGCAAAUAAAGAAAACAAACUUAAAGUUGAAAAUGAGGAAUUACGCCGGAAGAACUUUGUAUUGGCAGAACAACGUGAUUUUCUAAAUAAGAAAAUGCUCGAGGACAAGUUGGAACUGGAAAAACUUAAACGUUUCUUACGACAACGAAAAGAUUUCAGUCCUGAGUUGCUUGGGAACGUCUCCCAUGAGACUGCAGGAGAUGUAUUGCAAGAAUCAGAUCCAGUGUGUCAAGCACAUGAAAGAAAUCAGGAUCCGAUCUGUUCUCGAUCAGCGGUGGAUGAUGUCUUAAUGAAUGAGGCAGAGAACUUUGGUAGAGAAUUUGUGCAGCCUGUAGUGAGAGGGAGCUGUUGGACCAUGGGAAAUAUCCGGUCUUGGUUGAUGGAAGAUGCGGGGUGGUCUGUAGGGGAUUGGCAUUGUGGACGAUCGGAUGACAGUUUGGCCGAGUGGUCUAAGGCGCCAGAUUUAGGCUCUGGUCCCACAGCUCGGCGUCCUUCGUAUGGGUUGGAGUAA